AUGGUGUUGCAUUAUCUGGAUCAUAAGUGGGACAGAGACGUGGUUUUGGAGGAAAUAGCCAAGUUUCCUGAACUAACUAUGCAAUCAGAAACAGAACAACGGCGUCACAAGGUUAGCUUUUAUUUGGAAAAAGGGAAGGCCCCAAAUGUUGUCAAAGCUCUCUCAAAACGUCUGGAGAAACGUGGGUUAGAUGUGAAAAUAAUUUAUAGCAAUGGUAUUGCUUUGGAUGUAUUAGCCCAAGCUGCUGGAAAAGGAAGGACACUUGCUUUUCUACUUGAAAAACUAAAUGUUGAUGAACUUGGAAUACGCGGCACUCUUGUUUGUGGUGAUUCUACUGUCAACAAUGCACAGGAAGAAUUGCUUCAUUGGUAUACAGAAAAUGCAAGGAGCAAUCCCCAAAUAAUUCAUGCAACUGAAAGAUGUGCAGCUGGCAUUCUGCAAGCCAUCGGUGAAUUCUCUCAAGCCAACUGA